UCCGAUCCGCCUGGAUCCUCCUGAUCCGCGAUCCUUCUGGGUGAGGGAUGUGGGUCUCUAUCUCCUCGUCCAGUCACCAUGAUUGCAUCGCCAGUGCUCAGUUGCGCUUGACUACAGAAAUUUGGCGGUCUUGUUUAAGAAUGGAGUUUUCCUGCUUGCGGUAGUUCAGUUAAGCGAUGCUGUAAUUGUAGAAAAAUUGCUCGGUGCUUAGUGUAUCUUUCAUCUGAGGAAGUCUCUGCUCUCCAAAAUAUUUGUUGGUUUUUUUAAGUGUUCAUUCCGUACAGAAUAAAGGUGCAGGGAGGGAAUCAUUAACGUGUUUCACUUGACACGUUAGAGAAGGGUUGAGUUGGAGACGCUGCAGUUGUACAAGAGACUCGUGGACUGCUGUCAAAAAUGGGCAAAGCAUACUAUCUUGUGAAAUGGAAAGGAUGGCCAGAAUCUUCAAAUACUUGGGAACCUCGGAAACAUCUGAACUGCCCUCUGCUAAUUGAGAACUUUCUUAAAGACAAGAAUGAAUACUUGUCUAGAGUGAGAGAAGGCAAAGCAAUGAAAGUGAGAAGCCAUGUUAAAACUUUGAAACCUGCAAUUGCAGAUUAUAUUGUAAAGAAGGCUAAACAAAGAAUAGCUCUGCAGAGGUGGAAAGAAGAACUCAACAGGAAAAAGAAUCACAAAGCGAUGAUUCUGGUAGAAAACACCGUGGAUCUUGAAGGCCCUCCUUUAGACUUCUACUACAUAAAUGAGUAUAAACCUGCUCCAGGAAUAAAUGUGCUCAAUGGAAUAACAACUGGCUGUGAAUGUGCUGACUGCCCUGCUGAGAAGUGCUGUCCAAAGGAGGCUGGGUUUAUUUUGGCUUACAAUAAACAUAAGAAAUUGAAAAUCCAGCCUGGCUUGCCCAUCUACGAGUGCAAUUCAUAUUGUAGGUGUGGGCCUGACUGCCUGAAUAGGAUUGUACAGAAAGGGACCCCGUAUUCCCUCUGCAUCUUCAGAACCAACAAUGGCCGUGGCUGGGGAGUAAAAACCCUCCAGAAAAUUAAAACCAACAGUUUUGUGAUGGAGUAUGUUGGAGAGGUGAUUACAAGUGAGGAAGCAGAGAGGCGAGGCCAGCUCUAUGACAACCAGGGAAAUACAUACUUGUUUGAUUUGGACUAUGACUCAGAUGAAUUUACAGUAGAUGCAGCUCGAUAUGGAAAUGUGUCCCACUUUGUGAACCACAGUUGUGAUCCAAAUCUUCAAGUAUUCAACGUGUUUAUUGAUAACCUCGACUUACGUCUUCCUCGAAUAGCGCUGUUCUCUACCCGAACCAUCAAGGCUGGAGAAGAGCUAACCUUUGACUAUCAGAUGAAAGGUUCAAUAGAUCUGACUUCAGACUCUGCUGAAGGUCUUAGCCCGUCCAAAAAGAGGAUCAGAACUGUCUGUAAAUGUGGAGCCGUGUGUUGCAGAGGAUAUCUCAACUGAGUUCGGAAAUUUGGCAGUCAUGGCUGAAACAAGUUGCUGGCUACAGUUUGGAAAUAGAUAGCAAAAGGUUAAGGAGAGCAGUCCAUUGUCUAACAAAGCCAAUGCUUUCUGGAGAUAAGCUCUGUUAUCUGUUAGGUGCAAAAGAGCCCUGGGAUUGAUGUAAAUUCACAACUGGUUUUGGUUAAAUUUUUACAUACUGUGUCUUUUUUACCUAGUGACAGACUUCUAAGAUAGUAGGCCUGUAUUUUCUGGUUGCAAAAAUGUUAACUUCAGUGAAGUUAGUCUAGGGGUGAGUAUACCCAUUUGUUGUAGACAUUUGUAAGAUGUUCUUGAAUGUAAAGGCUGAGAAACGUGCUGUUCUUCAGCUGCUUGAGUCAUCUUUUUUUUCCCUGAUCAUCUUAAAGUUGUCUCAAUCUAUUCAUAACAUAUGCUAAGUUUUGCUUGUCUUCAGAACCACUGAAGAGCAGUUGAGGUAGGUGAUGAGUGGAGUUACAGCCAAGGUCCACGCUCUAGGGAUGAUCCACAUGCUUUUUUCUCAUGGAUUCAGAGCUUGUAAAACUUGCAUAUUGCUUACCAGUCCUGUAAAUGUUGACAGGGUCAGGCAGAACAAUGUUGCUCCAUAAAUGGAUGCUCCGUAGCUGGAUGCUGGCUAUGUAUCAUAGGUCAGCUAGUUACCUUUAUAAGGUGCACAGCUGUUGGCUCAGGUGAAUGAAGUCAAGUACCCAGCAUGUAACUGUUUACUUAAUUUGUUAGAAAAUGCCUUAAAUUCCAUGUUAAUUACUAGCACUUCAAAAAGAGCAUUUCAAAGUUGUUCCUUAAGAAGCACAGUUGCAUUUGUACUGAAGAUCUGGCUCUUUGGUAGCAAAUGAUAUUUUAUAUGCUACUAGCCAAAAUCAAUUUUACACUUUUGGUGAAGAGCAUGGGCCACUGGAAAUGCUGUGUGAGUUUUGUAAUCUACAAUACAGAGAUACCCAUUGAAAUAGAGACUUUAUAUUGUUUAAUGAACAGGAGGAAGUUUGCUUAGAUUUAAAAGUAUUUAAUGUGAUUUGGCUCACCUGUAUCCACACAGUUGAUAAAUGCCGAAUGUUGUCAGUUUUUGUCAUGCCAUAUCUCUAAUGUUUGGUUCUUUUUAAUUUGAAGUUUUAAGUGGAAUGUGGAGCUUUAAUGUCAGCAAACUCUAGAUGAUCUUGCAUCGUUUGGAGUCAUUAGUACUUUCUCUUGCAUGUAGCUCAAAUGAGCAGUGCAUUCCAUGUGGAUGGAAUCUGCAGUCUCCAGCUCCUUAAUCCGCUGCAGCCUGCGCUGCCCCCGCAGGAUGGAGCGGCUGCGGCAAGAGACCAUUCCUGACUGCAGCCCCGCCUGUGCCGGGGGCACAGGGCAGCCCCAGGCUCCUCUUUCUCCCCCUGCCCAGAUUGAUUUAAAUAUUGCAACUUGAAGGUAACAGUUGUGGCGGUUGUACUGGAGUGCAGUGUCUGCCUUUUCCAGAGGCAGAGAACAUCACCAGCACUGGACUAACACUGCUGUUUGUUAAGGAUUUGUGUGUUAUCUUCUGCCAUAAAUAAAGAACCAUAAAUUUAUGUUCUGGGAGGUAGCAGUAUUUUGUAUUUCUUUGAAGGAAACCCAUGGAUCCAGUUUCCAACAUAAGAGCCUUGAACAGUAUUUUAUAUUUACAUAUUCUUAGUGUAAUUGGAUUGCAGUCAGAAUUAGCUUAAUGGGACACUGUGUCACUUUUAAAACUCCUUUUACUGUUUGUAUGAGUUUGGCAGAAUAUUGCCAAACUGGAAAUGGACUUAAAAAACAAGAAAAGCUGUUUUCAAUUUCUUAGGGAAGCUAAACCAGCCUGGCUUCUGCCUUUGUUUUGCUUUGUGGUCUGUUGGCAUCAUCAUGGUCACCAGUUCAGUCGUGUGUAUGCACUUCUUGGGGGCUGGUGACCUGUGACCUGUCCUCCAGCUGUUUUUUUUUUUGUUGGUUUCAUUUUUACUUUUUGGUAGCAAAACUGAAGCUGCAAGAUCACCUGUAAGAAAAGCUAUUGUCUAUUUAUUUAAUCUCCAAGUUAAGUCAAUCUUUUGGUUAUUUUUAAUGUAUGUUUUAGAAACUGUAUUAGAAUAUGCAGUUUGUGAGCUCAGGAACAUUUUCUUUUCAUACUGUGUCAUCUCUA